GUGAAUAUACGCGUCUAGCACUAGCUGCUGGUGUUGCUGCUACUGCUGCUGUCAAAAGUUCACGAGUCGAUUUUUUAUCUCUCCUAUUGUAUCAUAUCCUAUCCGUUUCCCCGCAACUCUUAUAAAUUUAAAAUAAUUAAAAUUAAAAUUAAAAUUUAAAUUUAAAUUUAAAUUCAAAUUCAAAUUAAUAAGCGGCAAUUAAAUAACAAUAAUAAUAAAUCCUGAUCUUGAUCUUCGUCAGAAUCUCGUGAGUGUCAAAGGAAAGUUUAAAUAAAAAAAUCCAUCUACACCCGUCGUACUCGUGGACGGCUCGCGAGUAAUAGGGGGUGACUUUUUACCUUUAAUAUUUAAAUGGAUAAAUUAAUCGCGGGUGUGGGGAAACGGUGUGAGGAGUUUUAGUUUAUUGUAAAACUGUUCGGUAGUGAGUUAUAUUUUAUUUAUAUUUAUACUAUUGAUAUUAUUUUUUAUACAUUACCCCAGUUAAAUAUAUAAUAAAUUAUUUUUAAGUAACAUUUAAACUCGGGAGAUAUUUAAGCGAGUGGUGACAGAGAGAAAACGUCGAGGGGCUGUGCCGGUCCGGAGUUUCCUCUGAAUUAUCGAUCAAAUACAACACACUAACCACCGAGUUUAAAACUACCCCUCAUAUUUAAAUAAAUAUAUAUAUAUAUAUAUAUAUAUAAAAAAUUACCAAUUAAAAUAAUAAUUAUUACUAUUAAAUAAUUAAUUAUUCAAACGAGUGCAGUGUGUGCUAACGUGCAAAUGUAUCGCGUAUUUAAAUAUUGACGUGACAUUCAUUUGAAUCGGGUUUCGCGGACCAAUCCAACUUGCCAAUGAUUUUAUCAAAUCAAUAAAAAUAUAAGGGUGACUAAAUGAUUAUUUGAAGAAGUUUUUCUGUGAAUCAGGUGCACGACAUAUAUAUUGAUACAUAUAUAUAAGUAUAUAUUGAAUAGGGUAGUAAGAAGUACGGGUGUAACGGGAGUAGGAAGAAAAGAGAGGGAGAGACGUCACGUAGGUGUCGUAGAAUAAUAUAUAAUAAAAUAAAAGAGUGGUGUUGGUGUGGUGUUACUAGGAGUACGUAGUGGCGGGGGCUCUGCCGUCCCGCGAUAGGGGUGAAAAUAAAAAGAGACGGGGGUGGCGUUUGUGAAAGCAACGUGUAGUAAAAUGGGCUGUGCCAUGUCUGCGGAAGAGCGGGCCGCUUUGGCCCGCAGCAAACAGAUCGAAAAAAAUCUUAAGGAAGAUGGAUUGCAAGCUGCCAAGGACAUCAAACUUCUACUUCUUGGAGCUGGAGAGUCUGGAAAAAGUACGAUCGUGAAACAGAUGAAAAUCAUUCACGAGAGUGGAUUUACACCGGAAGACUUCAAGCAGUACAGGCCUGUUGUGUACAGCAAUACGAUACAAUCAUUAGUUGCUAUUUUAAGAGCAAUGCCAAAUUUGGAAAUUAAUUUUUCAUCAAAUGAACGACAGACUGAUGGUAAAAUGGUAUUUGACGUCAUCCAACGAAUGGAAGACACAGAACCAUUUAGCGAAGAAUUAUUAGCUGCUAUGAAGAGGCUGUGGGCUGAUGCCGGUGUGCAAGAAUGUUUUGGCAGAAGUAAUGAGUAUCAAUUGAACGAUUCCGCUAAAUACUUCUUGGACGACUUGGAUCGACUAGGAGCCAAAGACUAUCAGCCAACGGAGCAAGAUAUUCUGAGGACCCGAGUCAAAACAACGGGAAUAGUUGAAGUACACUUUUCUUUCAAGAACCUCAACUUUAAAUUAUUUGAUGUGGGCGGUCAGCGAAGUGAGCGUAAAAAAUGGAUACACUGCUUUGAAGACGUCACGGCAAUUAUCUUCUGUGUGGCAAUGUCUGAAUAUGAUCAAGUUUUACAUGAAGAUGAGACUACGAAUCGGAUGCAAGAGAGUCUUAAAUUAUUCGACUCAAUAUGCAACAACAAAUGGUUCACGGACACUUCGAUUAUUUUAUUUUUGAAUAAAAAAGAUUUGUUUGAAGAAAAGAUCCGUAAGUCAUCGCUUACUAUCUGCUUCCCCGAAUACAACGGAGCUCAAGAGUACAGUGAAGCUGCGGCGUACAUUCAGGCGCAAUUUGAAGCGAAAAAUAAGUCGACCACAAAGGAGAUCUACUGCCACAUGACCUGCGCUACGGACACAAACAACAUUCAAUUUGUGUUUGACGCAGUAACAGACGUAAUUAUCGCCAAUAAUCUUCGUGGUUGCGGUCUUUAUUAGAAAUUUAUUAUUAUUAUUAUUAUUAUUAUUAUUAUUAUUAUUACCAUAACUAUUAUUAAUAAUAAUAAUGAACUAUUACUAUCACUAUUAUUUGGUUAUAAAACAGUAAGCGCGAAAAAAAUACAGACGUAUGUUUAAAAAAAAAAACAUCGAUCGUCUAGCAGCUACGGUUCAUCUGCGUGCUAAUCGAUUAAUUGUCAUCACGUGAGUAAUUAUCUUAAUUACUUGCAAUCAGUAUCGCACGUGUAACUCGUGCUUCUAAUUCUCAGUAAAUAAAAAUAAAUAAUAAUAUUAACAAUAAAGAAAAAAAAAUGAAAGAUUUAACAAGGACUUAAAAUGCUUUAAAUUAAAAUUUUAAUUU